AUGGAGUCUGCUGGUGGCGACUCUGCCCCUGUUGUUGCUGAUGCUGCUGCUGCUGCGGCUGCUGCGUCUCUUCCACCCGUGGUUGGGCAGCAUCAGCCCGCUGUAUCUGCUGGAGGCCAGGAGGAAACAGCAGCAGAACCAGCUUCUGCUGGUGCUGCACCUCCUUCAAUGAAUUCAGAGGCCUCUGCUCAGAGACAGCAGCAGCAACAGGAACAGCCGCAACAGCAGCAGCAGCAGCAAGGGCAGCCUCUCGAGAUUGACACAGCAGAGGCCAGCGGAGAUGAGUUACUGGAACAGCAGUUACUGAAACAGCAACUGCUGCAGCAGCAGCUGUUGAAGCAGCAGCAGCUUCUAUUGCGCCAGCAGCAGCUCCUUCAGCAAAUUCCCGCGCAGCAGCAGUUGCAGCAGCAGCUACCGCAGCAGCAGUUGCUACAGCAAGCAUUGGAAAACCAUCAACAGCAGCAACAACUGCUGCAGCAGUUGCAGGAGCAGCAACAAACAAAGGAGCAGCAAGCAAGCGCUGAUAACCAAAUUCAGCAGCAAUUGCUACUACGCCUGCAGAGGCAGCUGCUCUUGCAGACGCAGCAGCAACAGAAGCAGCAGCAGCAGGUGCUACAGCAGCAGCAGAGCGAAGAGCUGAGUGCUGCAUUUCCUUCAGCACUGGAGCAUCAGCAUCUCACGCAGCAGUUGCAGCUGCAACAGCAGGUGCAGCAACAGUUGCAGGAACAGCUGCAGCAACAGUUGCAGCAGCAGCUGCAGCAACAGGCUUCGCAGCAGACGCAUCUGGCCACAGAGAAACAGAUGCAGCAGCACAAGCAGCAGCAACACAAGCAGCUGGGUGACCAGCAUCCUGAGCAGGUUCAGCAGCAGCAGGUACAGCGGCAUCAACAGCAUAUGCCGCAGCAGCAACAGCAGAUGGAGCAGCAGGAGACGUCGGUGCAGCAGCAUCAACAGGAGCAGCAGAUGGAGGAGCAGCCAGCAAACGAGACUCUGAACGAGACACUGCAGCAACAGUUGCUGCUGCAGAUGCAGCAGCAGCAGCAACAGCAGCAGGAGGAGGAGCAACCGCUGGAUUGCUUCCCACAGGGAGCCCCCCAAUCAGCAGAUGAAGCAGCAGAAGGAACAGUUGAAGCGCCAGCAGCAGUAGCUGCUGCACUUCCUGCUGCUGCUGCUGCUGCUGCUGCCUCCUCCGAAGGAGGGGGAGAAACUGUUGCUGCGUCUUCUACUGUACCCACGAUGAAGAGGGAAUUAACAACAGCGGACUCUGGGGCUGCACCUCCACCAGCAGCAGCAGCAACACUCGAAGCAGCAGCCACAAAAGAAGGGGCAACAGCAGCAGCAGAAGCACCAACACCAGCAGCAGCUGCUGCAGCCGCUGCAGCAGCUUCUGAUACUCCUCCGUUGGCUGCUGCUCGUGCAGAAGACGACAAUGGGGAAUCGAGCAGCGUGCUGGGGGGUUUAGGCGCAGCAGCAGCAAUGGCAGCUGGAGCUUCCUCCUCCUCGCCUACCACGAUCAGCAGCAGCAGCAGCAGCAGUAGCGGCAGCAGCAGCAGCAAUUUGCAGUGGGCAAAGUAUGGUGAGAGUCAUGCAGCAGAGGCUGCAGUGCCGCUUUCUUACUUAUGGCCAGCAGCAGACGGCAGCUGGUGUGGCUACGCAGCAGAUUUCCUUCUGUAUAACAAAACAGCAGAACGCCUGCUGCCCCCAGACGCACUCGACCAGGAAGAGCCGGGGGAGGUUGUGCUGUAUGCGAAGCUCGUCAAUGUCGCCCUCGUGCAUUCGCCGCAGGCGUUGAUUGCCUGCGGCCAUCCUGUGGUUGCUGAGGUGUAUCCGCAGCUCUUUGCGCGGAGCAGCAAGCAGCAGCAGCAGAACACUAAAGGCCGCAAGGGGUUCAGAGCCCAGCAGCAGCAGCAACAGCAGCAGCAGUUGGACAGCAGCUCCAGCGCCUUUGGCGGACCACCCUCUACGGGAGUGCCCCAGCAGCAGCAGCAACAACAGGGGUCGUUAGGGGUUUCAGAAGAUAACAGUGUAGGUGGCGGUAGUGCUGACGCCCAAGCAGAGAAAGCAGCAGCAGCAGCAGCUGCUGCUGCUGCUGCUGCUGUCUUGCCCUCCUGUCCUAUGAAACUGGCGAAAAGUCUAAAGGCAUUUUCUGUUCGAAUCGACCUGCGCGAAUGGCGAAUAAGCUACGGCUGCAGCCCCGAUAGCAUCCCCGCGUUGUGGUGUAGCAGCACGUCUGGCCGCUGCUACCGCUUAGAGAGGCCCGCAGGUCGCUAUGUUUCUCUUUUUGCUUCUUUUAAAAGGCGGUUUGAAGUUGCUGCUCGCGUCGUGCCUCAGCUGCACUUACAGCCCAACACCACGUAUGAAGAACUGUGUGCUCUCCUCACAGCAGCAGAAAAUGCGAAACUUAGGGUCCAGCAGCAGCAGCAACAACAAGAGCAACAGCAACAACAGCAACAAGAGCAGCAACAGCAGAAUGGACUGCAGCAGCAGACACAGCUCCCACUCACCGCAUCAUCAGACGCACCCACAGAUGGGCCCACAGAGACUGCGGCUGUUGCUGUUGCUGCUGCUGCAACUACAACUUCGUCGCAGCAUGAUGAUGACAUGCCAGAAAGCCCUCAGCAGCAGGAUCAACAGCAGCAGCAGCAGCAGCAGCAGCAAGAACAGCCAACAUCUCCAGCAAGGAGCAGCACAGGUCGUGGUGGUAGCCGCAGCGGUUCGCGUGGCGGUCGGCCGUUGCAGCAAACGGAGCAACAGGAUUGGACAUCGGCGUCGCAGCUGCAGCAGCUGCAGCAGCAGGAUCCGAAUUUGGUGUUUGCACAGGCAAAGCUUAUAUCGGCUUUACCUACUCGGAAAGGCCGAGGGCUUCAGCUGCUGUCCUUAGCAGACCCUGACGGCACUGGCGUGCUGCAGCUGGCGGACGGGGCGACGAGUCCGCGCUGCUGCUGGGGGGCAGCGUUUGCUGUUGCAGGUUGCACAGAAGAGUACAUUAUCUCAAUUGCGCGCUUUCUCCUUACCCAGAUUGCUUCCUUCGAAGCCACAAUCAACAGCAGCAGCAAUAGCACCAGCAGCAGCACCAGUCUGCUGCUAGGCCCCUUCUGCCAAACUCUGAUGAAAAAGGCAGCAGAAGCAAAUGUAUACGUCCCUCCUCUCAACUAUUUGCUCGCUCCAGAGCCAUCCACAUUUCAAGAGGAUGUGGGGCGCAGACAGCAAGACAUGCAGCAGCAGCUGCAGCAGCAACUGCAGCUGCAGCAGCAACAGCAGCUGUCACAGGACGCAGACAUGCAACUUGGGCCAUUAACGCAGCAACAAGCAGCAGCGGGGACUCGAGGAACCCCUAUCUUAGGGCGGCCCCCUAAGCGCUGUAGGCGCCAGCGUGGAGACAGCCAGAACCCGGAAACAACAACAGGAGCGGCAGCUGCAGGUGCAGGUAGUGCCGGUGCUGCUGUUGCUACUGCAACACCACGCCAUGGCAGCUUUACGCCAGGCCCAAUGGAGGUUGACUCGCAGCAGGGGCAGCCCGCUGCAGAUGCUGCAGCAGCAGUACUUAACGCGCGCAAAGCAGCAGCCCAACUGCAGCAGCAGGUGCAGCCACAGUUGCAACUGCAACAACAACAACAGCAGCAGCAGCAGGCUGAUGAGGCGGAGGCGGCUGUUGAACCGAAAGACGAAUUGUUGAUUGACCCCUUCGAGGACAAGACGUGCCAGACGAGGCCUUUGCCACUUUCGUUGCUGCAGCUGUACAGGCACCCGGAGCUGCUUGAGCUGCAGGAUUUCAUGAGGGUCUUUGCCGAGUAUUUGCAGUUGCUACCGCCUUCCAUCGAUGUCCUGGAGGCAGCAUUAUUGCGCCCUGCACCGUUGGUGCCCGGUGAUGCAGCUGCUGCUGCUGCUACUAAGCACACUGCAGCGCACAGCCGGCACAGGCACGAAUUACUCCUUGGCGCGCGGAUCUAUGGACUUCCAGAACUUGAUUGUAUGCAACAACAACAGCAACAGGAACGAGAGGAGCAGCAGCAGGAGCAGCAGGAUGGGCCGCAACCUGACGUCCCUGAGUCUGCGGGGGAAGCGGAGCGCAGCCAGAGGACCGGUGCAGCAACAGAAACAGCAGCAACAGAAGCACCAGCAGCUGCAGCAACAGGUGGAGCUGCAGGAGAAGGGCGAGCAGCAGCUGCAACCGCAGCACGCUGUGCCAGUGUCAGUGGAGGAGAGGAGAGUGGCACAGAAUCCUGCAACGAAACAGCCGCAGCAACAGCAACAGCAUCAGCGGCAGCGGCUGCAGCGGCAGCAAAGUCGACGGGGGUGAUAAAGGCGUGGAGAAGGAAGGGAGCCCCAUAUUCAUCGGAUGAUGAGGAUUCUCGGGAGCAUAGUGAUUCUGAAGCAGCGGAGGCAGCAGCACAAGCAGCAGCAGCAGCAGAAGCAGCGGCUGCAGCAGCAGCGAUAGCCGCUCAAGAUCAGAACCUGUCGUUAGCUUGCGCAGAGCAGCUGCCGUUUUUCCUUGGGGAUGCUCUGCUGCUGCGGCUGUUGCAGCUGGGGGUGCUUCAGCUGUCCGAUGCCCUGCCGCGUGCAGCAGCAGCAAGGAGCAGCAGCAGCGCAGCAACCGCAACAGAGCCUCUGACUCCAGAGGAGUCUCAGGUUUCUGCAGCCCUCUGGAUAGGCAUCGAUGCAGGUCUCGGGGUGCAGCAGCAGCAGACAAACCUCAGAAAACGGCGCAGGCCGCAGAGGCCUGUUGCAGAGGGCGGGCUACCAGCCACAUCGAACGACAGCAGCAGCAGUGGCAACAGCAGUGCAUGCGAUCCUAGCAAGUCCGCUGCUGCUCCAGCUGCUUGCGCUGCUGCGGCUGCUGCUUUUUAUGAGUGCAUGGCUGGAGAGCGGCCGGCACAUCUGCAUCAGCUGCGCCGUUUGACACCUCAGGACCACUUACAGCUGCUGCAGCAGCAGUUGCUGCUGCAGCAGCAGGACCAGCAGCAACUGCUAACGCUUCCGACCAGGGCCCUGCGUGCGCUGGAUGGCCUCCCCUUAGACCUGCGGCUGCUAGACCCGUUGACAGCGCCGCUGUUGCUGAAGCGGCUGCUGUUCGAGUGUAUGUACAGCCCUGUUAGGAAAUAUAUCGCCCCCCCUAAACCCGACCAGACAAUUGUCCACCCACCUGUUGGAGCUGCAGAAGCAGCUGCACCUGACCCGCCUGCUGCUGCUGCUGCGUGCGUCAAGGAGAUGGAGAGUGAUGUGCCCAUGGAAAAGCAACAGCAACAGCAGCAACCAGGAGGGGAAGAGUCAGCGCAGCUUGUUGACGAGUCUUUCAGCUCUGAGGGAACAAAACCUCCUGCAGACAAGGAACCUAUGCAGCUUGACCAGGAGCACCAGCCGCAGCCACAGCAGAAGCUGGAGCAGCAGCAAGAUGAAAAGCAGGAGGCUGGACAGCAGCUAACAGUAGAAGAUGCCGUGGAAUCGGCCGCCUCCGAUGAGAACAUUGCUAGGCAAGAUGAAGGGGCUGCAGCAGCAGACGCUGACAAUGCCCUUGCUAGAACAGCAGACAAAAUUGGUGCAACAAGUCCUACAGCAGAUGAAGCCACUGCAGAGUGCGCUGCAACAGGGGGGGAGGUCACUGCUGCUGCAACAGCAGCAGAGCCCCCCGUUCCACACGAAGCCAUUGAAGAUACGCAGUCGCAAGGAGAAGAGGCGACGAUAUCAGCAAGGGUAGCAACAGCAACAGGGGAACCAGCAGCAACCGCCGGAGCAGCGGGGGGAGCAUCAACGGAUGCUCAGCCUUCAUCAGAUGCGAGUAGUGGGGUUGGUGUGGUGUCGCCAGAAGUCCCGAGGGUGCUGCAAGAGGGAACACAAGCAGCAACAAGCGGAGCCACAGCAGAAGCAACAGUUGCUAUGGAGGAACCCUUAGCCGCGAACCACAGCGGCAGCAACAACAACAGCAACAGCAACAGCAGCCAUGCAGAGGUCGCAGGGGACGAUGAUGCAUCUGAUACCAGCAGCGUUGAUGGCGAGCGUGAAGAAGAGGAAGAGCAGGCAGCAGCAGCAGCAGCAGCGGCAGCAGGUGGCAUCCCCGCUGUGGAACGCACCAGCUUCUGGCUGCUCCCUAGAGAGCUGCGCUGCUUCGUGCUGCAGCAACUGCAGCGGCUGGUCUCAGACAACUGGCAGGGGAAGUUCGCCAUAGAUGCGAAGCUGGAGGCCCUUGGCCAUGCACGGGUUAACGUGCUGCGGCUUAAGGCAGCAGCAGCAGGCACUGCUGAAGACGAAUACCUGACGCCUAACUGUACUACUGCAGCUGCUGCAGCUGCUGCUGUGGAGGCCAAAACAGAGAAGGAUGCAGAGGAGAAACCCGGAGCUGAAGAUGGGGAUACAUUAGCAACGGCAGCAAGCAAGGAGUUGCCGGCUGCUGCUGCAUCGGGAGUGAAGGACGACGCGGAGGAUUCGUCUGCUGCAGCAGCUGCAGCAGCAGGAGGUAGCGGGCGUUCCCAACGGCGGAAGCCGAUGGGCCGAGUAUCUAAUGCCGAGGCGGAGAGGCUCCAAAGUUGUUUUGUACUGCGAUCGGAGAUUCUGGGAGAAGAUCGGCUUCUCAAUCGUUAUUGUGCAUGCAUGGGGCCCAAUGGCGAGGCGUCUCGGGUGUACGUCGAGACCUGCUGCCACCCGUCUCCCUUGCGGUUGCUACUACAGAAAGCCGCUGCUGCGGCUGCUGCCACUGCCGAAGCAGCAGCUGCACCAGAUGCACCGCUACCUUCUGCCGGUGCGUUUGUAAAUACAAUUAGUGCUAGCUGUUGCGGCGACACCAGAACAGACACGGAACUUCCCGUAGCAUUGGAGAGGCACAAACAUUCCGCAGACUGCAACCUCAGCAGCGAUGACAGCAGCAGCAGCAGUAGAAACGCCGGAAGCGAGGCAGGUUACAGCGGAGGGAACACCAGCGUGCGGAGCAGUGACAGCACCUGCAACGACGCCACCGUCACGACGACCACCACCUACAGCAGCAACCCUGACGCAAAAGGCUGCAACAGCAGCAGCGGCAGCAACAGCAACAGCAAUAACAGCGCGAGCAGCAGUAGCAAUAACAGCGGGGGAUGUUUGAAGGUGUACCCUCCUUCAGGAGACGCAGUUGCUCUCUUCAGCUCGUGCGCGCUGUCUGCUUGGCCGAUACGGCGGCGGCCUGUGAGGGUGGAGUCCUUGGCUGCCUUCCUGCAGCUGCUGCAACAGCAGCAACAGCAGCGCAGCAUCUGCUGUUUCGUGCCUCCUAAUCUAGCUGCACUGCGUAGCCUCAGGGAGGCUUUGUCUCCCGGGUUGAAGAGAGAGAGGGGACUCAAACUCACUCUAGGCCGCGUCAUCGACACGCUGGAGGCGGAGCAGCCAGUCUCCUCUGCCGCAGGUGCUGCAGUUAUUCCUCCCUCUUCGCUUGCUGCUGCGGUUUGGUUGGCCUGCAAGCAGAUGCAUGCACUUAAUGCCUCCCUUCUGCCGCGUUGCUACCCUGUCCUCUGGCAGCAGCAGCAGCAGCAGCAUCAAAUGUCUCCUUGCAUGGCUUUCUCUGGCGCUUUGACUGUGCUUGCAAAAGCUGCGACGUGCUGCAGUCCGUGCUGGGGCGAAGGGCCUUCGUGCGCCCAGCAGCAGCUACCUUCAGCAGCAGCAGCAACAGCAGCAGCAGCAAAGCUGAAGAGGCAACAUCGCCGCUGCUGGAUGGAACAGACUCUUUUCUUGGCUGUGUUGGUGCAGCUUCUGCUGUACGUGGAGGCUCUCGCAGAGGCGGCAGGUUGUGUGCAUGCAUCGAGUUGGGUCUACAGACGGCAUAUCUGGCAGCAGGAGCUGCAGCAGCUAUCGGUGCAGCUGCCUGUCCUCUUGCCUACCCCAGGGCAGGAGCAGGACCUGCCGCCCGAUGCUAUGCGGCCUGCCGCUGCUGACGCACAGCAGCAACACACAGCAACAGCAGCAGUAAGGCCAGAGGGAGUGCGGCGACAUCCGAGGCUGCUGCAUGAGGAUUUGGAAGCAGCAUUUACGGUGAAACGCCGCAGCAAGACGACUGACGAAGCAUUGGGAAACUCGAAGGAAGCACCAGAUGGUCACGUUGGUGUUUCUGAUACUGUGUGCAGCAGCAGGAAAGAAAAAGAAGGGGAAGCUGCCCCAGCGGCGGCAGACUGUGCUGCUCAUGAUGCUGCUGUUUGUGCUACUGAGGGUGCUUCUGCUGGUGGAAACGUAGCAGAUGGGACGGACGCCAUGCCCCCUGUGGCUGGACUUUGUUCUGUUUCGAGAGCGAGUGUUGAUGCUGCAGUUGCUGCUGCUGCUGCUGCUGGCGAGGAGGCCGCAGCGGCAGCCGCCGCAGCUGCAGCAGCUGGCGAGGAUCCCGAGGAAGCAGCAGCAGCCAGUCGCUUUGGUAGUCUGCUGCGGUGUAUGUGCUGCGGGUUUGGCUGGGCCGAGCAGGCGGUGCUGGAUCUGCUGGAUUCGACGUGUGACUCUCUGUUCAUCUCUCGAACAGCAGCAAGCAGCAGCAGCACCAACUCAUUUGAGGAGCAGCAGUGGAACGAGGUGCGGCGCCGCCUUGAUCUGCUGCAUGUAUGGGGCCUCUACCUGAAUGUGUGGAAGGCAACGGGCGUCAGCUGCCAACGGCUCACGGACCUGAACGCCCCCAUCCCCAGAGAUGCCUUCGAGCAGCUCCUGGCUUCUGAUGAGCAGCGCCAAGAAAUACCUCGGGAGGGCGAUCGACUCUUUUUCUUCAGGAAAGGGCAGACGGCACUCGUAGAGGCCUUGAGACAAGAGCAAGCUGCGGGCGGUUGCGACUACGCACAGACGUGCUGCACUCUGCACGCACCAGAGACCUUAGGCUGGGUUGAGGAGCUGCAUGUACACUCCAUUGAGUUUUUCGGGGGAUUCUCAGGUUUGCUGCCUCCAGCGCUCCAGGUGCAGCCUCCCUUAGCGUCGGCUGCAGCUGCAACUGCUGCGGCAGCAGCAGCUGCGGCUGCAGCAGCUGGAUCCCCCACUGCUGCUAGUGCUGCUGCUGCUGCUGCCGCGUUGCAGCACAACGCGCUUCAGGCAAUGCCAGGGGGUUGCGCUGAGGCGGCAGACUUCGGUUUGCUCCCUUCCCUCUUUUCCUUUUCCCUUGAAGAAGAUCCCGUCGUCUUAGGACUUGUGAAGCCCCCGCAACCGCAGCAGCAGCAGCACCAGCACCAGCAGCAUCUGCUUCCCCCCGCAGUGCCGGCUGCUGCAGCAACUGCUCCGGAUCCAGCGGGUGGAGAGCAGUCGGCGCUGCAGCCUGAGGCGUCGCAGUGUCCAGAUGGAUCGGGGGCUGCAGCUACACCAGCAGCCGCAACUCCCCCAGCUGGGUUCACCCAAGCCGGGUCUUCAACUCCAGCUGCCUGGCGCAGCAGUAGCGGCAAAACCCGCACUGACCUGCAGGCGGUUGACGGCCUCGUUUCAAAAGCAUUUGAGGAUUUUCUGCUACAGGCCGAUCCGCUGCGGUUGGCAGAGAAGAGCGGUGCUGCUGCCCAGGUGUACCUUCAGCAGCAGCUGCAGCUACAGCAGCUUCUCCAGCAGCAGCAGCAGCUCACCCAGCAAGCGCCUGACGCUAUGGGUGCCGGUGUUCUUGAUGCAUCUCUAUGCCCUCACUAUCGAAUUGUUUGUUCUGUAGCCACCAGAAGGAACGCAGCAGCAGCAGAUGCUGUUGUUGAGGGCUUAGAGGUUCUUGCUGCUGCUGCAACUGCCAACGAAGGCCGCGUAACGCGCCAUUCCUCAAGACUGGGGAAAGUGCUCCCGGGGAGCAGCAGCAGCAAAUCAGCAACAACGGGAGACACGCAGCAACAGCAGCAGCAGGCAGAUAGCGGGGGCGCCGCAGACGGUUGUUUGCAUUCAUCUGGCAACGACGAAGUUUCUGGUUCACCAGCAGCACCAGCAGAAACAGCAGCAGCAGAAGAAUUAUAUGGACUGCCGAUUGCUGCAAGGGGGCAACAACAAAAGCUGCGAUUUGUGGUGUUGAGUAUUCCGCUGCUGCAGAAAUGCCGCAGUUUCGUUGUUCGCUGCAGCAAAGUGCUGCAGGCGCUGGAGUUAGGCUGGGCCUCAGGCAUGCGCUUCCGCGUGCAGCUCGGCUGUGCCGGUGCUGCUGCUGCUGCUGCUGCUGCUGCUGCCGUCCCGCUGCCACCCAUUCCACGCGGCCUUGGGCUUGCACCGCUGGAUAUAGGGCUGCAACAGCAGCAGCAGCAGCAACAGCAACAAAGGCUAUCAGGCAUCAUCCGCAGAAUCGAGCCCUCAGCAGCUGGCAUGUGGGGUGGGGUGCUUGUUGAAUGGGAGGAGAGGCGGACAGAGCUUUAUGCCAUCAGAAUAGUACCCCUAGCAGCAAAUGAAGGAUAUGUGUCUCUUUUGCUGCAGUGGCUGGAGGAGCUGGAGCAGCUGCUGCUGCAGUGCUUUUUCGGCUAA